AUGGGUUGCAAUCAAUCGAAGAUCGAGAACGAAGAAACUGUAAUAAGAUGCAAGGAACGCAAGCUUCACAUGAAAGAUGCGGUGGCUUUCCGGAACGCUUUUGCCGCUGCACACUCAGCCUAUGGCAUGGCCUUAAAGAACACCGGAGCCGCCCUCAGCGAUUACGCCGUCGGCGAAGUUCAGAACCCGUCUUCUCCGACCUCCGCCGUUGCCGGCGGUGUUCCCAUCUUAACUCAGCCUCCGGUUGACAAUUUACCCCCUCCUCCCCCUCCGUUACCUCCGUUUGCCCCUCUUCAGCGAGCCGCCACCAUGCCGGAGAUGUCUUUUCCGAAACCCGAUUUGAAGCACUCCGACCCGAUUCUUGAGGAGGAGAAUGAGGAUGAGAUGGAGAGCGAGAGUGUUCACGGAUUGAAGCAUCGGAGUAGUAAGAGUAGUGUAGGGAGAGGUGGGAUUUCACAUAGGGAAGUUGUGGAUGAUGAAGAGUUGAGGAAACCUCUUUCUCCGCCGCCGCCGCCGCCUCCCGCGCAGACUCCGCCGCCGCCUCCGCAGCCUAAUAAUCGGAGUCCACCUCCUCCUCCGCCGGAGGAUAAUGGGAUGGCUUCGUGGGAUUUCUUUUUCCCGCCCAAUAUGCCGGGCCCGUCGCUGGACGAGGUGGAUGAGGAUAGACGGGAAAGGGAGGAAUUGCAGAGAAGAAUGAUGGAGAAAUCUGCUCAAAGAGCCGAAUUUGAUUCCGGAGGAGGAGGAGGUGGUGAGGAUGCCGAGAGUGGUGGGAGCAUUGGAGGGAGGAAGAGUGGUGGCGGGAAGGCGGAGGUGGUGGAGGAAGAAGAGUUGCAGGAAGGUCCGCCGCAUCUGUCCCCUUCUCAAACGGCUCCUCCUCCUCCUCCUCCAAAGACAGUUAAGAGAGUAAAACAGGUUGUUCAGGCGGAAGGAAAGAGGAAUCGAGGAAAUGUGAACUUGGUGCAGAUAUUUAACGAGCUUGAUGAUUGCUUUCUUCAGGCAUCGGAGAGUGCUCACGAGGUCUCCAAAAUGCUUGAGGCGGCUCGCUUACAUUAUCAUUCUAACUUCGCCGAUAAUAGAGGAAAUAUUGAUCAUUCCGCGCGGGUAUUGCGAGUUAUUACAUGGAACAGGUCCUUCAGAGGGCUGCCCAACAAUGAUUAUGAUGGGAAGGAUGAUUUUGAUGCAGAAGAGCAUGAAACACAUGCAACUGUUUUGGACAAGAUGCUAGCAUGGGAGAAAAAGCUAUACGAUGAAGUAAAAGCUGGUGAACAAAUGAAGUUAGACUAUCAAAGAAAGUUAGCUGCAUUGACUAAACUAAAGAAACGUGGUGCGAACACUGAAGCACUUGAGAGAAUGAAAUCAGCUGUUAGUCAUUUGCAUACAAGGUACAUCGUCGACAUGCAAUCCAUGGAUUCAACUGUUUCAGAAAUAAAUCGAUUGCGAGAUGAGCAGUUAUAUCCCAAGCUUGUUGCACUUGUUGAUGGAAUGGCUACAAUGUGGGAAAGCAUGAGAGAACACCAUGAAAAUCAAACAAAGAUUGUUACCGCUUUAAGGUCUCUACAGAUAUCCCAGUCUCCUAUGGAAACAAGUGAGCACCACCAUGAACGCACAUGGCAGCUAUACCAUGUUGUCACUGAAUGGCAUUCACAGUUUGACAAGCUUAUGAAGAACCAGAAGGAUUACAUUAGAUCAUUAAAUAACUGGUUGAAACUGAAUCUUGUUCCUAUAGACACAAAUCUAAAGGAGAAGGUUUCCUCUCCACAGAGAACCCCAAAUCCCCCAAUUUCUAUUCUCCUACUUGCUUGGCAUGAUUAUCUCGAGAAGGUUCCAGAUGAGCAUGCAAGAACUGCUAUAAAUAACUUUGCUGCUGUUGUAAACACUAUUGUUCAAUAUCAACUAGAGGAGAUGAAGUUGAGGGAAAGAUGUGAAGAAACUCGGAGAGAGCUCAAAAAGAAAUCUCGCCAGUAUGACGAUUGGUACAAUAAGCAUAUGCAACGAAGAACACCUCCUGACGAAAUGGAUCCAGAUAGGGCACAAGAUAAUGAUGAAAUUAUUGAACGGAAGGUACAAGUAGAUACCGUGAAGAAGAGAUUGGAAGAGGAAGAAGAUGAAUACCAAAAGCAGUGCAUUCAAGUCAGGGAGAAGUCUUUGACAAGUCUGAAAAACCGUCUACCUGAGGUAUUUCGGGCUAUGACUGACUUUUCUCUUGCUUGUUCGGAUAUGUAUAGAUAUUUAAGGGCCAUUGCUCAACAACAACCACCACAACCGCAACCAAAUCAACAACAGCGAAAUAGAACUUCCAAGUAA